AUGUUUUUGUCAAAUAUUGAUAAUUUGGGUGCAACAAUUGAUUUGUGUAAGUUAAAAUACUAUUGUAUAUUGAAACAUUUAUUAACAAGCGAACCAAAACAUGAAUUUGUAAUAGAAGUUACGGAUAAAACACGUGUUGAUAUCAAAGAUCGUACUCUUAUUCAAUAUCAAGAAAAAUUAUGUCUUCUUGGAAUUGCUCAAGUUCCACCAGAACAUGUACAAAUACGUUAUUUAUUUCUCUCAUUGAUUUGA